GUCUGCUCUGUUUUCUCCUCCCUGCAGCCGAACACCACCAGCCUUCACCCCCGCCUACUCCUCUUGGAAACUUGGAAUUUCGGAUCUGCUGUCUUCUCUCUUCCCUGCCGCCGGUGUUGCUGGAGUGAAUACCGGUUUUUCCUGUCUGCGUGAAGCCCCUGCGAUUUUUCCCGCCGGCUCUUCCCUCAUCCCGCCAACUCCAGCUUGCUUGUUGAGCAUUUUUGGUAAGUUGGCUUCUCUAAUCCUUGAAAAUUGGUGGAUUAAUUGGUGCUUGUGAGCUUUAAUUAGUUGUGUGGGUGUUUGGGUUGUCAAGGACCAAGAUGCCGAAGGUGGGGGAUGGGUUUCGGCGAAUUGAGAAAUGAGUUUUGGUUGAUGAAUUGUGUAGGAAAUUAAGGGGUUUUGGCUGUUGUGUGUGGGUGUCCAUGAGGAAAGGGGAGAACCCGUGAGUUGGCCAUUUUUGUCAAGGCCGGUUCUCCCAUUGCUUGUCCAUAGAUUUGAGAAAAAUGGUAUAUGGGUAAUUACAUAAUUGUAGAUAUAUAGAUAAAUACCCAAUCCCGGUUAAUGCUUGAUUUUCACAUAGAAAGCAAAAAUGAAAAUAAAUAAAGGAAUGAAAUUUCCUUAUAGAUAUUAACUCGAGAAUAUUGUGAUUAGGUCCUUGAUUGCCCUGUGAUCUUAGCACGUGGAUUAGGCCUUCUGUCCUGUGUAAUUUAAGUAUGAUUUUCUGUUAACUUCUGCCUGUUUUGUCUCCGAUACGGUCAUGUUAUCCUGUUGCCCGCUAGUGGGAGGUCAAACGCUAGCACAUGUCGACAUGUUCCUGAUAGAACCGGUUCAUUCCUGUAAUCCUGCUAGUGGGAGUUAAACACUAGCAAUUCCUGUUGCCUGCCAGUGGGAGGUUUAAACACUGGCCAUGGCCUAUAGAGGAGACGUCUAUUUCGUUCUCGUACCGUAUCUGUUUUCGUGAUUGUACUUGUUGGCAUGUUACAAAUUUUAAUUAAGGGCACUCCAUAUU